UUGUUCAUAUUGAUUUCCUGUUUCAGAACCCGAUCGUUAAUCCCUCUGUGCAAUCCGGCAGCGAGCGGCCAUUGUUGAGUUGUUCGUUUGCGGGGUCUGGAGAGGGUCAUACGUGAAUGACCACACUCUAAAAAAAUUUAAAUUCUCUCAUAAGAGAGAUACCAACUCGACCGUAAAGCCCUUCGAAGCUAAUAAAUCGAUUGUCCACCAUCAAAAUGCAGUACAACGGGUUUCACAAUCAACAUCCGAUGUAAGAAAUUGUUACUGUCUCUAUUUUUAAUAGUUCUGUUUACUCAUGGUUGAACGGCACAGUCACAUUUUUGCGGCGGCCAUUUUGUUUAGCUUGCCCAGCUGAGCAGCUGAUACAUAAUGGGCGCAUCGCGCAAACGAACCUUCGUCCGAAAAUCAAUACUCAAUCUACGCCUUUCUUCGAUCUUACUAGAUUUUUCUAACAUAAUAGUGAAAUGAGGUUGGAGUUCACUAGACAGAGCAAACAAAUUUAUAGCGUCUGAAAGUCGAAUAACUUAUAUACAUACCUACUUUUUGUAUUUUUUUUCUAUUUUUCGAAGGGUUGGUAAUUAAUGUAUUUUUAGUUAAAUGUGAAUUACUCAAAUCUUCUAAUUAAUGUAUAUAAUAUUAAAACUGGUUUAUUGAAAACAGUUUAUGAUUACUAAUCCUGAAGAAAGGUCCUCAUCACAAAAUGUUAACAACUUAGAUGCAUGGAAUUUGAUAACAAAACGAAAAAGGUUAAAAAGCAUUUUCUCGCUUAAAAAAAUUCAAUUCCUAAUCUUUCCACAAGCACACGUUGCAUGGUGUUUAUUAAAAAAAUGUUAAUGCAAAAUAAUAGUUUCAGGCCUCAGCCAGACCGCAAUGAACAAUUCGGUAAAAUUCCAUACAUUAAAGGUCUUCCUGAUUUUGGAGGACCUAAAAACUUUGGACCAAGACCUAAUAUGAUGAACAAAAACUUCAGACCUCGAAAUGAUUUUAAUGAAGUAAAGAAUGAUUAUAAUACUAAAAAUGAUGGUAAUCAGAAUGAUUUUGGUGGUCCAAAACAAUUUAGACCCAGAAAUAAUUUUAACAAUGGUAACCAACCACCAAAGAAAAACAACUUUAAUGGAGACAAAUCACCAGGAAAUAUGCAAUAUGGCAAUAAAAAUGAUUUUGGCGGUCCUAAACAACAAAAUUAUAACAAGAAUUAUGGGCCUAAAACAUACAACAACCAGAAUUGCUAUGGGAAUGAGCAGCCUGAAUUUAUUCCUAGGCAAUCUUACAGUCCAAACUCUGUUCAACAUUCUUUGAAUGAUCGCAAACUACAGAGCAAAAAAGCAAAACAUCCUGGUGAUAGCUUGUUGAAGCCAAUGUGGGAUCUAACUAAAUUAGAACCUAUUCAGAAAGACUUUUACAAGCCUCAUGUUAAUGUAGAUGCUCGCUCUGAGGACGAUGUGCAAAGAUUCCGUGUUACAAAAGAGAUUACAGUUAGUGGCAAUAAUAUCCCACGUCCUAACCAAUUAUUUGAGGAAGGAAACUUCCCCGACCACAUUAUGAGCACUAUUAAGGAACAGCCAAAUUUGAUAGAGCCCACUGGUAUUCAAGCUCAAGGUUGGCCAAUAGCUUUAUCAGGACGUGACAUGGUUGGUAUUGCCUCUACUGGUUCAGGAAAAACUUUAGCUUACAUGUUGCCUGCGGCUGUGCAUAUUGUUCAUCAACAGCGCAUUCAGCGAGGAGAUGGGCCAAUUGCGCUUAUUUUAGCACCUACUCGAGAACUGGCACAGCAAAUCCAGUCAGUAGCCCAGGCUUACAGUGCUCGUGGUUGCAUAAGAAACACAUGCCUUUUUGGAGGUUCACCAAAAGGACCACAAGCCAGAGAUUUAGAGCGAGGUGUUGAAAUUGUUAUUGCCACACCUGGAAGGUUAAUUGAUUUCCUUGAACGAGGCACUACUAACUUAAGACGCUGCACAUAUUUAGUUCUGGAUGAAGCAGAUAGAAUGCUUGACAUGGGAUUUGAACCUCAAAUCCGUAAGAUAAUUGAACAGAUUCGCCCUGACCGUCAAGUACUGAUGUGGUCUGCCACAUGGCCUAAGGAAAUACAGGCUUUGGCUGAAGAUUUCUUGACCGAUUACAUCAAAGUUAAUAUUGGCUCCCUAAACUUGUCUGCCAACAACAACAUCAAACAGAUUAUUGAGAUUUGUGAAGAACAUGAGAAGGAAGUAAAAUUAACUAAUUUAUUAAAAGAAAUUGCUUCUGAAAAAGAAAAUAAAGUAAUUGUAUUUGUAGAGACAAAGAAAAAGGUGGAUGAUAUUGCACGUGCAGUUCGACGCGGUGGAUAUAAGGCACUUGCUAUUCAUGGUGACAAAUCCCAACCUGAACGUGAUGCUGUUCUUACAGAAUUCAGAAAUGGUUCAACAACCAUUCUGAUUGCUACUGAUGUCGCAGCUCGUGGUCUUGAUGUUGAAGAUGUCAAAUUUGUUGUAAAUUUUGACUACCCUAACUCUUCGGAAGACUAUAUUCAUAGAAUUGGUCGUACUGGACGGUGCCAACAAUCUGGAACUGCAUAUACAUACUUCACGAGUGGUGAUUGCCGCCAAGCUCGAGGUCUGCUUGCAGUACUUCGGGAAACUGGACAAAAUCCUCCAACUAAAUUAGCUGAUAUGGCUAGAAAUAAUAACAAUAAUUCAGGUCGGAAUCGCUGGCAACAACGCAAGGAUAAAAAUAGUGGAUCCAACUCACCACAGCAAAUGAGCAACCAAUGGAACAACAAAAUGGCCAAUGGCAGCAUUGAAGAUGGUCAAAACAUGUACCAAAAUCGUAGCAUGAACCAACAGGCACCACGAUUUUCUAACCAGAACCAAGGAAUUCAGAGUUACAGACAAAACAACUAUCAGAAACAAGUACCUUUCCCAAGCCCCAAUGUUUUCGAGUCCAUGGGAAAUUAUCAAGGUGGAUAUAACAAUGGUUACCAAAAUACUUACAACCAAAAUGGAUAUGGUCAACGGCCCUUCAACAACCAGCGUAAUAAUGGGCAACAAUAUCGUAACAAUGGUACAAAUGGCAACAAAGCCAGUGGCUCUGGUUCUUCAUUUGGUUCCCCACCUCCACAUUUUGCAACACCUCCUCAUUACGCACAGGUGCAUCCACAUCAUCAGGAUAUGCUUGGUGGAAAAUUUUACGGUAGUGGUGUCGGUGGGGGCGGACCCUGUGGAUAUCAAGCUGCCGUGGGCGCUGGUGUUCCCUACCCGCACUUGCCCCCAGGGCCACUACUAUAUGCAGCCCCUGUUCAACAGUAAUUUGAUUUCAAGUUAAUACUUUUUUGCUGUUUUUAAAAAUUCGUUCAUCUCUGCUCUUGUUUACUUAAUAUAUUACAUUAUCAUUGGGAGAUAUUAAUAAUCAAAUGAUUCAAAAGAACAUUUUAACUUUGUGUGCUCCUAUUAAAUUUAUCAUUCAAGAUCUGAGUACAGUAAAGGGGUAAAAUUACAAAUACAAUUUAUUUAAUUCACAAAUGAGAUGCUUGUAGCUAUUGGUGUUUGUAUUUAAAUGUAAUACAUUUGAGAUGAGGGGAAUUUUCUUAUCUUCCCGUAUUGAAUUUCUUCAAAUUAUAAAUGUGUGUGUUAGUUUCGUAAGAUAUAUUAGUAUUCUGCACUGCAUUGGCCUGAUUCACAAGUUUUAAAUGCAAUUAUAAUUUGGGUUCGAAAAAUUACAAUUAUAUUCCAAAAACACAGAAUUAUGUAAACAUUGAGAAAAUUAUAUUUUAUUGAUCUGCAGCAAAAAUUUAAAUGGCCAAUACAGUUCAUUUCCAGAAUAUCUAAGAUUUAGUGGAACAAAAUUAAAUUAUAAAAACGCAGUUCCACAUUUAGGAUUAAUCAUUAUAUUUGUUAGAGUAGUUGUCAUGGGUACCACUCUUGUGUAAUCGUGGAAACCCUUGUUUUCUUUAAAAAUGUCUGUAUGAUGUACGAAAUGCACGAAACAUGUAGAAGAUUAUAGAAAAAAUUUAACGAAAUUGCGGAGGAAAGUAUUUUAUAAUAUAAAUUAUUUUAUUUGUUAAUUUAAAUCCAGUGACAACGUGGGACUUAGUAAUAAGAAACGAAUAGUAAUUGUUAUAAAGAAGCAUUGAAAGAAAUGCUUGUAAUUUAUAAUAACAAUCUGUAUUGCCAGAUAAAAUUGUGAAUAUUUUUCUUAAGUAAUGUGAUGUCAAUGACAUUUCAAGUCACUGAUUUAGAAGUUAUUUUUUUAUCAAAGAUUAGAUCUUUAUAGUGUACUUGGAUUUUAUGCCUAGAAUUUACUAUAGUCUGUGUCAAUUGAUCCCAGACAACGCAUACAGUCUUAAGGAUAUAUUGAAAGGAUGUAAAUGUGUCGUCAUGCAUUUAAGUUAGGAAGAUUAGGCUGUUGAGAGUAAAAUUUUCAAAUACAUUGCUAAUUGCUUUAGAAAAAUAAGUGGCCUGUUUUUUUGAGUAUUUGACAUUAUUUGAGUGGUUCAUUUACUGUACCUUUGUUCAAUAAUGGGUUCCAUGACUAAUGGAAAUUGGUUCAUAUAAUACUUUGAACCUAUAUUGAUCCCGUCAUGUUCAAAGAUGAAAAGAAUCUGUGAUAUUUCAUUACUAUUAAAUAACCUGUCGUUGCGUUGGUCAAUUGUUAUUACUAAAAUAAAAAUGCUAAAAUGCAUGCUGGGCUUGGAAUGUGUUUACAAGACGAAAUAUUUUUUGACUAUUUAACAAAUUUCAUAUAGGUUUGUGACAGAGCUCGCAACUCGUUCACGAAUAAAAUAUUUAGAUAUAAGACUCGGUAAUUUGUUGUUAUUCAAUUUAGUUUCCAUAACUGUCCGGUGACAAAAUUGAAUCAGUUGAUGGGGACGUAAAUGUUAUUAUCUCAAUGUUUAAAAUGCAUCUGUUGUAAGAUGUAGAAAAGGGUUGAAUAAUAACAGUUUUAGGGGUGAACAACGUGUUUGUGGAUCUCGUUUUUAUAACUUCGAAAGAUUCGGGAUUCGCAUUAUUUAUGUACAUUAUAAGAGAAAGACUGCAAAGAAAGUGUGAAUAAAAUGUAUAUUUAUUCUUCGUCUCAAAGAUGAAAAUACUAGCCUGUCGGUAUUUUAUGUUGCUAUUCCAUCAGAUCUGUUUCUGACAUAGCAUGAUCCAUUGAACGGCCAAGCUAGAUAUAAAGUGAAUGAGUCUUGAUGUCUACAAGAGUCUAGUUAAACGGUCGCUGAUUGCAGGUGAAUCCUAUAUUUAUUAUGUACAAAGUACUAGCGCACCCACCUCUACUAAACAACUGUGAUAAUAACACUAAGUAGCGUAGCAGGCAAUUUAUGUACGUUAGUUACGUCCAAGAGAAGGGAUGACACCAUAUCUGACAUAUUGUAUUGUGAUAUACAUAAUAUCAAGGCGUGCGGAAACACGUUUUGACAAAAUGUUUUCUCUAAACAAGACUGAUUAUUUCUUAUUAAUAAAUAUAAAAUAUUUUGUACAUGUUCCACUUGACUGAAUGAAUUGUCUGUAUUUUAUAUUGGUAGUAUAUCUCUCUAUCUCGCUAUAUGUUUUCCAUAAAAAAAAUACGUUUUGUAUUCACUAUGUUAGAUAUGUGUCAAAACACCUUUCUGUGAGGUCACCAACUCAUCUUUAUAUCUAUUUUUUUCAUUUUGUUUCAUUUUAUUGUGAUGAAAAAUGUUGUUGACAAAUUAUGGCAGCGGCAGUAUAAACAGUUCGAUUAUAUUAUGUUGUUGUUGAUUUACUAAAUUUUAUUUACCCAAUAUCUCAUAAGUAAUUGUACUUUUCGUGCUUUUAUAGAAUUUAUUUUCAAAUAAAUGCGUUAGUGAAAAAUAUACAUAGAUUUUUAAGUAUGUGGCAAUGCAGAUCUUCAUGAUUGUAUUAUUGUUUAAAAUAAAAAUUAAAAGGAGAGAAGCUCCUAUCAAAUUGUCCCAAAGGAAGUCUUCUGAAUGUUUCUGAGAAGUGCAUUUCCUCUAUAUAAUACAGUAUUAAAUUCUGAAUAAUAAAUGGAUGUAUAACUAUUGCAAA